AUGCCUCUCCAGCUUUACGGAUUCGUUAACUCCACCUGCACCAACCGUGUGCGCACGGUGCUUGAGGAGAAGGGCGUUGAAAUUGAGUUCAUUCCUAUCAACCUAGCCCAGAACGAGCAGAAGAGUGAAUCGUACCUCAAUGACUUCCACCCAUUCGGAAAGGUGCCCGUUCUCCGAGAUACCGAGACUGGGGUUCAAAUCUUUGAAAGCAGGGCCAUUGCACAGUACAUCGCUGCCAAGUACCAAGGCAAGGGAGCCGUGCUGUUUCCUUCCGAGACUGACUUGAAGGCAUAUGCCCUCUAUCAGCAGGCGCUCUCCAUUGAACAGUCCUACUUUGACCCCAUUGUUUCUCAAAUUGCUUAUGAGAAGGUCUUCAAGCCUAGAAAGGGCCACGGUCCUACUGAUGAAGCCAGAGUUAAGACUCUGUUGAACCAGCUCGAUUUGACUCUACAGGGAUAUGAGCGGGUCUUGUCUAAACAGAGCUACCUCGGUGGUGACAAUGUGACUCUGGCAGAUCUGUACCAUCUUCCUUACGGAACGUUUGUUGAGAAGUUCGGAUUUUCAGAGCUUGUCGACAAGUAUCCCGCGUUCAAGAAAUGGUGGGAGGGCUUGAAGAACCGGGAUAGCUGGAAGAAGCUUACCCAAUAA